AUGGCUGCCAACGGUAAUUUUGCACAACAGGAGCAGUACAAGGCUGCUGAGCAGGCCCCCUCGGGAGGCGCCGACUCCAACGCUGCCAACAAUAACCUGUCCAAGGACGAAGUGGGCUGGUACUUUGUCGAGCAGUAUUACACAACCCUCAGCAAAUCACCAGAGAAGCUUCACCUCUUUUACGGCAAACGCUCGCAGUUUGUCUAUGGUCUCGAGGCAGAAGUAGCCAAUGUAUCCGUCGGACGUCAGGCCAUCCAGGAGCGCAUAAAGGCCCUGGACUUCCAGGACUGCAAGGUCCGCGUCUCCAACGUGGACUCUCAGGCCACCUUUGACAACAUCGUGAUACAAGUCAUUGGCGAGACAUCCAACAAUGGCGCCGAGCCCAAGAAGUUUGUUCAGACGUUUGUUCUCGCGCAACAGCCAUCCGGAUACUUUGUUCUCAACGACAUCCUGAGAUAUAUCAACGACGAGGAAGAACAAGCAGGGGGAGAGGUAGAAUCUGCCGAGCCAGCCGAGACUCCUGCCGAUUUGCAGGAACCCGCCCCUACUGCUGCUGAACCCGAAACGGCCGCGGAGGACGCCAAGCUGGACGCCAAGCUGGACGCAGAUGCUGUUGACGAAAAGCUCAACCAAACCGUGACUGCCCAGGAAGACACCCCCGUCAACGGUGAAGAGAAUUCCGAGACUCCCAAGCCAGUCGAAGCCAAUGCCGAACCUGCUGCCGCUGCCGCUGCCGCUGCCGCCGAGGCCGUUGACGAGCUGGUCGCCGAACCCGAGAAGCACAAGGAGACUACUGUCCCGUCGCCGGCCGCAAAGGCCAAGCCAGAGCCCGCUGCUGCUCCUGCUGCUGCCGCCGCCGCCGAGCCCGUCAUGCCUCCCAAGCCCAUGACCUGGGCCAACCGCGCCGCCGCCGCCGCCGGACCUCGACCUGUCGUCCCCCUGGCCAAGACGGCCACCCCCCCAGCGCACGCGCAGACUCGAGCUCCCGCUCCCGCGCCUGCCUCUGCAGCCGCCGCUAGUUCCGCUUCGGCUGCUGCUCCCCAGUCUCCUGCUGCUGCCCCUGCCGCGGCCACCACUGCCGAGCCAGCCGCUAAGGAGUUGUCUGGAUGGCAGACGGCCGGUGCCGACUCGAAGCGCCAGAAGCCCCAACCCAGCUCGGCGAAUGCUACCGAGAAGGAAGGCACCCUCGGCUAUGUCAAGUUUGUCAGCGACAAGGUUCAGGAUGCUGACCUGCGCAAUGCUUUGUCAGCUCACGGCGAGCUGGUCUAUUUUGACAUUAACCGCCAAAAGAAUUGCGCUUUUGUCGAGUUCAAGACUGUCGAGGGCUAUCAGGCUACGGUUGCUGCCAACCCUCACCUUGUCAAUGGUGUUGAAAUCGUCGUUGAGCCCCGGCGUAUCAAGGCUACCACAUAUGGGGGCAACACCUACAACGCAGGUCGCGGCAACGCUUCGGGAGGACGCGGACGCGGCGGCUUUGACGGCAACCGCAACGCCUCGGGUAGCCAGCGGGGCAACUUCUCUGGUCCGAACCGCGGCCGUGGAGGAGCCGCUCGUGGCCGAGGUGGUGCUCAAGGGAACAACGCCUAA